UUCUUUACUAUAUUAUUAUUUAAAUUAGCACUUACUUCGCCCUCAAUUUCUAUCUCAAAAAUGUCAAAUUUAUGACAUUAAUCUGAAAUGCCUUUAUUUAUUUUAGAUAUCAAUCAAUUUGAUGCAAAUAUAUAUUUUUUUUUCUCAAGCAUCAAAUAGACAUUGACCAAAUCGGAAGUUGGAUUCAGCAGCUGAAGGCUGAAGCUAUGAAAAGAACAAAGAAGAGAUAGACAUUCGUAAACAACCCAACCACUAAAGAUGACAGCUAUGGUCUUGAAAGCCUUAUCUGUAACAUUAGGAAUAUUCUUUGUAUUCGUGGGAUCAUUAAAACUGACGCCUUCCUUAAGUGAUGAACUAUAUAAAGAAAUGGUAUAAUUUUUCAUUUGUUUAUCUUAGAAAAAAUUACAUUCAACAAGUAAGAGUAUUCCCUCCGGUUAAAUUAUUGAAAUGGAAGUUGAGUCCACAUAUAUAUAGGAAAGCUAUCGGUGGGGCAGAGACACUAUGUGGUGUUAUUUUAGCUUUCAUUCCAGGCCCUUUAAAGGGAGCAGCAAAUGUCUUGAUGAUUUUAAUCACAAUGAAUGAUGUGUAUUGCCAUUAUAUGCUGGACAGUCCAUUAGAUAAAAUGAGUUUAUCUAUAGUGUUUUUCUUCCUUCUGAUGUGUAGACUUAUCAUAUUCCUACAAUUCAAGGCGAAAGAAAUGGAAGAAACAAAAGGAAGGAAACAAGAAGUAUCAUCAGAGAAAAAGGAGAAAUAAACUAACCAUUAUGAUUUUAAAAUAGGUUUAUCUCAUGAAAGAAUCUUACCAAAUGUGUCAGAAAUUCAGAAUAUUUAUUAAUGUAUUGGUUUGAAAAAAAUGAUAUGUUUAUCAGUUUUCAAUGGGAGGCAUGCAAUUUUAGAUUUCUCAACACAAAUAUGAAUAUUAUCACAUUAUAUGACCCUUGAUCAUUCUGACAUAUUUUUUUUUACAAUUUAAUUUUUUGAUCAAUGAUCAGAUAAUGAUACAUAUAAAAAGUUUUUUUUGUAAAAAUAUAAAUCAACUGGAAUAAAAUGUUACAAUCUGUUGUCAAGAAGGGAACAUUUCAGUCAUAUUUGAAAAAUAAUAUACAAUGUAGUGGUUUUAUUUUAUACAAUAUACAUGGUGACUUCUAUGAUAAAGAAAAUUGAAAAUCUGAAUCUACUUAACAUUUUUUACUUGCAAAGAUCACAUACAUUAUAAAUUUGAAUGUGCAAAAAAAUGUAUAACCAGUGGAUUGUUUACUUUUCAUUUUGACUAACUUUAAGGUUGCUGACAUGCUUUAUCCCAACAAAUAUGCAUGUAUUAUACAAAUCAUUACAUAAAUAUCUAUGAGUUACUCAGCAUUCUAGUAAAAGAAAUUCAUUUUGAAGUUAAAUAUGCUUGUUUUCCUGAGAAAAUUGAUGAAAUUUGUGUCCAAGGAUUUUCAGGUAUACCAAAUGUUAAUAGUCCAGGUUUAAUAGAUAUGUACUAGAUUUUAACCUUGAUUUUAUUGUCUCAUGUCUGUGAUGAAGUAAAAAUGGAAUAUGCAAAAUGUAUGACUGGGUUUGUUAUAGAAAUUAAAAGGGUCUUACGUAUAAGAGUAUUUAUAAAGGUUGAUUCGGUUUAAUUAUUUGUAACUCAUGAUAUUAGGAGGCAACAAUCUCAUUAUAUUAUUAGUUGUUAUUGGUUUACAUUGUUCAAAGGAAAAAUAAUUUACUCUAUGUUGUUUACAUUGUUCAAAGGAAAAAUAAUUUACUCUAUGUUUUAAGUUUUAAUAUAGUUAUGGUUGUGAAAGUGAAAUAGUACAGAUACAGUAUGCUUUUGAUUGAUAUUUAUUCACUCUCAUUUUUGGGGAUGCUUUUGCACUUAUACUUUUAAUAUGUACUCUUAUAAAUACCAAAAUGAUCCAGUGCUGUAAUGUUAAAUAAUUUCAAAUAUUUCAAAUAUUUUAGUAUUGUAAUUUAUCAGUGCUAGAUUUGUUAUACAAAACUGUUAGCCAUUUAAAUGAUUUUUAUACAUUUAUUUUAUAGUGUAAACAGGAAUUAUUUUCCUUUGCCUAGUUCUUUCAUAUUAUUGCACUUUCAAAUAAGAUUUCCAUUCUGGGUAUGCACUUAGUUCUCAAAAGGCUACAAAACAAUUGCAAUAUUUUAACUAUAUGUGAGUGUUUAGUACAUUUUAUAUAAGAUAUAUUAUAAAAAGUCAAAAAAAUGAGAAUAGACAUACAUGUAUAUGCAAGCAUCUUGAUGAUGUCUUUUUUUCUGUUGUCAAUCCUAAAUUCAUGAAAAAAAAUACAUUUACAGUAAUUGUACAGUUCUGUUUAUUUAUUUUUGUUUUUGAGAAACUGAUAAUUUUGGUUUACCCUUUGCAAAAUAUAUACAUUGCCAAUUCUAAGUUUCUGAACACAGACAUUACUGCAGUUUGUUAUUGAAUGACACAAGAGCUGACAGAAAUGUGUCAUUGUUUUACAUUGAUUUGACAAUAAUUGGGAGAAAUUUCUGUUUUGUUAAUUAAGAUUAAAGUAAAAUAAUAGAACAAUUUAGGUGUGUUAAAAUCAAAGUUAUUUUUAAGUCACAUAAUAUAAAUGGAAUUGGAAAUCAGAAUCAGCGCUUUUUUGGAGGCUAGGUAUGACUUUAUUUAGUAUAAAAAUGCAAGAUGUAAAAAAUAGUAUAUUGUAUUAUAUAUACAUUGUAUAUGUACUGGUAGAUAAUUAAUGUUGCUGUCUCAAUUUACUAUUUUGAAUGAAAAUCAGACUUAAAAGAACUAUUUUAUUGCAUGGAUGAUGCAAUUAACAGGGAUCCUUGCAAAUACUCAUAUCAGAUUUUUAUACUUUUACAUUUUUUUUCUGUAUUAAGAUCAUGAUCUUACAGACUAUUAACACAAAAUUCAAUCAUGGUCAGACUCAGAUACACAGGCAAGGCAUUUUAACUUGUAAAACUUUUUAUUUACAUUUAUAAAAUAAAACCAUGGUUAUUUAUUAGAGAGUGUACACAACAAUUGUUCAUAGAUAUGGCUAUGUGUUUAAAUGUAAUCAUUAAUAUAUGUGUGAGAAAAUGUAGUCAAAAGUUUAAUUUGAAAAAAGAAGUUGUGUGUUUAGAGCUUAUUUUGUGUUAUUUAUUUGUUUGAAAAAUAAAUGUGUGUUUUUCA